UACUAAUGCUGAUAUAUAAUAGAAAUUUUAGUUGGAAAUUUCUUUCUUGAAAUAGAUAUGGAAGAAAUUCAUUUUUAUCCGGAAAGGAUAAGAAAAUAUAAUUAGAUUUAAAAGAAUCAUGAAUUAGUGAAACAGUGAAAGUUUUAGCAAUAGUUGCAGUAAAAACAACUAAAAAUAUGGAUAAAUAUAUGUCGUAAGAUUAUUAUAGAAGACCAAUCAUCACAAUAUUUUUACAGCAUAUGUGAAAAGCUAACAGUAUAUGCAGAAGAGAGAAAAUUUAUAAGAGUAGGUUAACUGAAUUUAGUUGAUUGAGUUGAAAAUAAAAGAUAAUCAAGAACAAAAUCAACUGGAGAAAGAUUUAACGAAGCAAGAAAAAAUUAAUUUAUCUUUAUCUGCUUUCGGUAAUGUGAUAACAGCAUUCGUGAAUGAAAAUACUUAACAUAUUCCUUAUAGAAAUUCUAAAUUAACAAGCUUAUCAUAAGACUCUUUAGGUGAUAAUUCUAAAAUAAUUAUGUUUACUGAAUUGAGUCCUGCUGAUUAUUGUUAGGAUUAAACAAUAUCUUGUCUGAAAGAUGCAUCUAAAACUAAGAUGAUCGAGAAUUAACCAAAAAUUAAUGAAGAUCUAAAGAUGCUUUCCUUAAAUAAUAAGCAGAUGAAAUUUUUAAAAUUAAAGAGUAAAAUAUAUAAAAGUAACUACAAAAAGUAACUAUAAAAUGUUUAAUGUUUUAUAUUAAUUUAGGACUUAAGAAGCAAAGAAAAUUAACUAAAAAAAUGGUUCUUUUUAAUGAGCUACACAUUAUCUAAUUGA